AUGGAGAACCCCUCAUUCGUCCUCCGCGAUAUCAAAGACGUGGUCAUCGAAGACCGUCCCAAACCUGUCCUCACCGAUCCCCACGACGUGAUCGUCCACGUCGCACAAACCGGUAUCUGCGGUAGCGAUGUCCACUAUUGGCAACGCGGCCGCAUCGGCGACUAUAUCCUCACCCGCCCCAUGGUCCUCGGCCACGAAUCCUCCGGCGUGGUCGUCUCCGUCGGAGACAAAGUCCAGCACCUCAAACCCGGCGACCGCGUAGCCAUGGAACCCGGCGUCCCCUGCCGACGAUGCGACUACUGUCGCAGCGGGAACUACCAUCUCUGUGGGGAGAUGAUCUUCGCAGCGACGCCACCCUGGGACGGCACAUUAGCCAAAUACUACGUCAACGCAGCGGACUUCUGCUAUAAAGUGCCCGACCACAUGUCCCUUGAGGAAGCGGCUAUGGUAGAGCCGGUAUCUGUUGCCGUGGCGAUCGCUAAAACGGCUAACUUGCAAGCGCAUCAAACCGUCUUGGUUCUUGGGUGUGGACCUAUCGGCGUCCUCUGCCAGGCUGUGGCUAAGGCCGCGGGAGCGAAGACUGUUAUCGGUGUGGAUGUUGUGCAGUCGAGGUUGGAUGUCGCCAAGUCCUACGGGACGGACUAUACUUAUAUGCCUGUGCGGGCGGAACAGGGGGUUGAUCCGAUGGUUCAUGCCGAGAAAGUCGCUACGCAGAUGAAAGAGGAACUAGGACUAGGCGAAGGGGCAGAUGUAGUCCUGGAGUGUUCUGGGGCUGAAGCCUGCGUUCAGAUGGGUAUUUAUGCUGCUCAGCGCGGAGCGACCUUUGUGCAGGCGGGGAUGGGGAAAGAGAAUAUUCUUUUCCCGAUUACGGCGGUGUGUACGCGUGGACUGGUUAUUAAGGGGUCGAUUCGGUAUCUGACUGGGUGUUAUCCUGCUGCAAUUGAUUUGAUUGCCAAGGGGAAGAUUGAUGUGAAGAGGUUGGUGACGAAUCGGUUUCCUUUUGAAAAGGCGGAGGAGGCGUUUGAGUUGGUUAAAGCCGGGAGACAGGAUGUGUUUAAGGUGAUGAUUGCGGGGGUGCAGUAG